CUGGGAUACGUACGGUCCUUCCACUGCUCCCCACACUACCUGUCUGGGCUCUGCCUGCAACCUAAAGGAACAACUCUCCCCCUUUCUGGUCACGUAGGAGCCUAAGAAACAGCCAGAGCUGUAGGGAUAGGACGGACUAGAAGGAGACAUUGUGGAGCAAGACUGAGAUCUACAGCAGAAGGAGAAAUCCGACCCAGACGGUCUGUGCAGAGCUCUAGACUCCUUUCAAAGCAGCCAUGUCAGAUAAGAGGGUUGUCGCGCUCUCUGGCUCCAUCCAGGAGGCAGGGGGGUCCAUUAUCCGCUUCCCCCUGAUCUCAGUCCAGGGGGUCCCCCUCAGGAACCACAUUGCCACUAACUGGGACAGUAUCUCUGCCUUCGAGGCCCACCCCUCGGACCUGCUCAUCGCCACCUACCCUAAAGCAGGCACCACGUGGACCCAGGAGAUCGUGGACCUGCUUCUCAACGAUGGAGACCAGGAGGUCUGCCGGCGCGCGCCCAUCGCCGUCAGGAUGCCCUUCCUGGAGCAUUUCUCUCCUCCUCAUUGUCCCUCAGGUCUGGAACUCCUGAAGGGGAUGCCCCCCCCAAGGGUCAUUAAGACCCACCUUCCCUUCCAGCUGGUCCCUCAGGGCUUCUGGAAGAACAAAUGCAAGACCAUCUACGUGGCUCGCAACGCCAAGGACAACCUGGUCAGCUACUUCCACUUCGACCGCAUGAACCAGACCCAGCCGGAGCCCGGUCCCUGGGACUCCUACAUCCCCAAGUUCAUGGAGGGAAAAUUGGCGUGGGGGUCCUGGUACGACCAUGUCAAAGGUUACUGGAAGGAACGAGAGAAAAACAACAUCCUUUACCUCUUCUACGAAGACAUGAAGGAGAACCCGCGGCGUGAGGUGGAGCGCAUCAUGCGCUACCUAGGCAAGUCCCUCCCUGAUGAUGUCAUCAGCCGCAUCGUGGAGCUGACGUCCUUCAAGGCGAUGAAGGAGAACCCCAUGGUUAACUACACCUUCAUCCCCAUGCCCGUGUUCGACCAGUCCAUCUCCCCUUUCAUGAGGAAAGGCGAGGUCGGAGACUGGAACAACCACUUCACCCAGGAGCAGUCCAGGGUGUUUGAUGAAGACUAUGAAAUACAGAUGAAGGGCAGCAACAUCCCUUUCAGGAUCAACAUCUGACCGGACCCCCUGCUAGUGUCACCAUGACGACCCUCAGCCCAUCAUCUGUUUUUAUAUUAGAUUUACUUUGCAACCAAACACUUUGAUUUGAAGUCCUUUGGCCGGCUGAUAGAGUGAGUUUGACAGUGAGUGAGUGAAAGUGAUAGUUAAUGAGUGAUACAGUGAGUGAGUGAAAGAGUGAUAGUAAGUGAAAUUGUGAAUGAAUGGGAAAUAUAGUGAGUGAUAAACUGAGUGACAGAGUGAUAGAGUGAGUGAAUGAUAGGGCGAGUAAGUGACACAGUGAAUGAGUGAGUAAAGAGUGACGAUGGCAGAUAUACACAAAAACACAGGAGUCAAGGAUAUCCAACUUUAACAAAAAAUCACUUUUAUUACAUACUUUUUUUCUGAGAAUAAAAUAUUAAAUAUUUGAGUAUUUAAUGGGCUAAAA